AUGGAAAACCAUCAAGCAAUAGCCACAGAAAGCUUUUCUUACAGCUGGUUAAUAGGCAAGAAGCUUCCCAUCCCAGACACCGUCAUUCCCGACGACGUCGAAAACGAGCAAACAUUCAACUUCGACGUAGGCAUCGCAGCGUCCCUAGUUCCGGCGGACGAAUUAUUUUCUCACGGGCAACUCAUCCCAGCAUAUUCCGACACAUCGAAACCGAUGUUCUCGGCAUCGACAAUCCCCACCUCCCCGUUAACUUCGCAGCUACUCCAAAGAACUUCAUCACUUGCUGACAACAAAAACCACAUUAUAAAAUGGAGGAAGUCGUCCAAGAGAAUUCUCGACAAGUGUUUCAAGUUUGCAUGCAAGACUAUGGGUUUCUCGCGGAGAACCAACCGAGUAAAUGAUCUUGAAAGAAAAGUGUUUGAAUUGCAAACAUGGAACGACUGCCCCACCGCGUCCCCAAGGCCUAGCUCGGCUCAUUCGGUUGUCGAAUGGGGCGAUGUGAUGUGGGUAGGGGGAAGUACCGAUAUUUGUCAUCGAAUGAAGAGAGUCGAUAGUUGGAGGAGUUCAUUGCAUGCUUCGCCAAGUAUAAGCCCGCGUAGCCCCAGCGAUGCUUGCUGUGAUGCUGAAAGCUCAAUCCGAGAAGCCAUUCUUUACUGCAAAAGAACAAUUGAAAAAUGAGGAGUUGGAUUUCCAACAGCUGAAGAAUGUGAAGCAAAAACAGCGAAGAGAUUCCAGAAAUGGAUGAAAAGUUUCGAUGAGCCUCAGAAAGUUAUUAAAAGAACUUCCAAGUUCCAUAUAUAUUUUGAGUAUUAGAAGUAGGAAAUUUCUCCAGUUCUACUAUCAUAAAUAUCAGUAGUAAUCAGCAACCAAUUCGUCUGACGCUAUAUUUAAGCUCAGAAUUCUUAUAUGUAGUAAUAUUUUGGAAUUACGAAAUGUUUUUGUUUCUCUAUGGAAAAGUAGAAAACAGAUCCUUAUCAAGAAUGAUGAAACAGGACAGCAUAUUUUUGGCAUCAUUUUAUGAAUGAUGACACACAUCUUCUUUGUUCCUUUUUUUAAAAUUUUUUG